AUGCUUGGGCCCCUCGUGAAACGAGUGGUGAGCCCAGGCAGCCUAUUUGGCUUCACUUCAGGUGCAACGUCAGGUAGCUUCGGCGCGGAUGCGGGCUUUGGAAGACAAAUCUCAGCUUUGUCGGAUCCCUUUGGCCUCGAACGUGAGCCGAAGAACAAGCGACGCGCCGUGCCUCCAGAGGCGGCAGAGGACGUCGGCGACGUCGACGGCGGCGGCGCGCGACGCAAGGCGGAUCCCGAAGUCUUGGCCAAGCGGAAGAUGCUGCGAGGCCGAAGGAGCGCUGCCAGCACUACGAAACCCACUCCGUCCACUCCGACGCCGCCUGUCCCGGCUGUCCCGGCUGUCCCGGCGGAGUUCCCUCCAAAGCCACCAGGAGGCCUCUUUGAGCCACCAGGAGAAGUCACUGAGUCCAACCCCUUUGCCGGGCUGACGUCGAAGCCCGCCACUGUGCCGGCCGCUGUGCCGGCCGCUGCCCCGGCGGCACCGGCCGCACCAGCGGCACCGGCCGCAGCCGCGGCGGAAGCUGCGUCAACAACGGCGGUGGCAGGUGAAGAGGCUCCUGAAGCUUCAGAGGCAGUGAAGGUGGAAACCAAAGAGGAUUUCUGGCGCGUGCAGAUUGAAGCCAUCUACCGCCGGAGGAACCCCAUGAAAUUGAACGAUGUGAAGGGCCUCAUGGAGAAGCACAAGGGCAAAGAGGUGAUCCUCUUUAAGAAGGUUUGCAAGCGAUACGAUUUGGAUCCAUCGAAGAUCUACACGAACGAUGAUGCUUGGGAAGGUGAAGACAAGGAGUUCAAAGACGAUCCCGACGACGCUGAGUCGACGAAAACAGGUUCGGCUGCUCCGAUGGCCUCCAUCUUUGGAGCAUCGAGCAGCUCUACGCCCUCGGCGUCGCCGAGCAUCUUUGGAACUCCCGGUGCUAGUUCUGGCUCUUUGUUUGGCGCCUCCAGCGGCUCCGCCUCGGAGAUCUUCAAGGGAGGCAACAUUUUUGCUGCUGGUGGUGGAGGGGCCAGCUUGUUCGGUGCCAGCUCAGGCUCUUCAACCGGCGAAAGCACUUCGUUGUUUGGAAUGCCAAGUGGCUCUUCAGGCAGCAUCUUUGGCGCAACAAGCGCCACAAGUGGCAACCUUUUUGGAGGUGCAGAUGCUGGAUCUACUGGCUCUACUGGCUCUAUCUUUGGUGGGUCCGGCAACACAGGUAGCGGUAACAUCUUUGCCUUUGGGGCAGGCUGGGUUGGGCAUGCUAUGAUGCAGAUUGGACACUGA